CAUUGGGAGCUUAGGGAUAGAGGCUGAGGAGGAUGGAGUGCAUAACGUUACCGUGAAAUCAUCUACAUUCACGGGGACCCAGAAUGGANCAAGAGUGAAUGUCUUGGCUGCAGGCGAUAGUCCAAACACUGAUGGCAUCCACGUGCAACAAUCAUCAGAUGUGACCAUCCUCAACUCGAACAUUGGAAAUGGUGACGACUGCAUCUCCAUCGGUCCAGGGACAUCCAACAUGUGGAUCGAAACUAUUACAUGUGGGCCUGGACAUGGAAUCAGCAUUGGGAGCUUAGGGAUAGAGGCUGAGGAGGAUGGAGUGCAUAACGUUACCGUGAAAUCAUCUACAUUCACGGGGACCCAGAAUGGAGUAAGGAUUAAGUCUUGGGGAAGACCAAGCAAUGGAUUCGCUACAAACGUUCAUUUUCAACACAUUACUAUGGAUAACGUGAAAAAUCCAAUCAUAAUUGAUCAAAAUUAUUGUCCACAUCUCAAAGACUGUCCUGGUCAG